AUGGAAUCGCUCGGCAGCGAAAUUGAAUAUCUUCAGAGUCCCUCAGGCCUUGUUGCACACGACGCGUUUCGGUGUCAAUUUCCUGGCUGCAAUGCCACAUACCAGCGCAAGGAGCAUUUGAGCCGCCACCGAAGAUCGACACACAUUAAGCAACAGGCUCUUGAAUGUUCCAGGUGUGGUCGUAACCUUAAAUCUAGUGAUACCCUUCGACGGCAUGCUCAGAGGCAGCACCAAGUCAAAGAACCUCUUAAUCGCGCGCGCCAAGCUUGUGCGGGUUGCCAUGCAGGAAAAACUCGAUGCCAAGGAGGCGUGCCAUGCCAGGAGUGUGUUCGUCGCAACGUUCAGUGUUCUUUCCAAGACCACGCUAGCAUUGCAGCAGAGCAACAAAUACAGUCAUUAAACCCAACCCCGUCAUCCUUGAAUCCCGACCAGUCGCGGCUAUACUAUUGGGAGAAGAGAAAACAGUGCGUUGACCGUUAUUUUGAAAUAUUUCAUCCGUGCUGGCCCUUCGUCCAUAGAGGCACUCUGCCGCAAUGGAACUAUUUGAUAAGCUUGACUUUGCAAUCCGACAUCAAACGGUAUUCCACAUCACCGAUCUAUGAUGUGUCUAGUUUACUGACGGGUGAACUGCAGGAGAAAUGGGAUGCCUCAGAAGUGGAGGGGGUCUCCAGCGCCUGCUUUUGGCCAGUGGCCACUUAUCAGGCUACUUUACUACACCUCAUUCUUUCUGUUGUCAUGAAGUCCAGCGGUUUGAUCAAUCUUGACCUCAGAGCUUCAAUCUCCUCUCCCGAUCUAGGCUCACUCAAAUCGCUUCUUGGGAACUGUCGAAAAUUAGGCAUGUUUUUUUAUUCAAGCAUGCUUUCUAAACUUUGUGCGAAAUUGAGCAGCUUUACCUCGGAGCACAAGCCUCUGCUGCAUGCGAGUGAACUCCAAUUCCCUCUGCCAAGCAAUAAUGCUCUAGAGGAAUGGGAAGCUAAUGCGAAAGAGGAGGAUUCUAUCUCGUUCAAAAAUGACCUCCAGGCAAAGUGGAUCUCGAAAUACACAGAUAUAAUACAAGUUCUUGAUUUCUGA